CUUAAAUCGCGCCUCAGCCGCCCUGAAAAUGUCCGGCCAUAUCCCAAAAAGCAAUCUAAGCCAAUCAAGGUCCGGGUUCGCAAUGAUUGACCCAGAAACCGAGCUCUAUUCACACAAACUAGGGCGAGCCCAGCAUGUCGCAAUCUCGUAUGUCUGGAGUGAGUGGAAAAAUACACCGCAGGAUGCGUUGCCGGAUUGGCAGUUACUUCGAUCACGACUCCUGGAACUAGUUGGCGCGUCUUCCAGCAGCUUUAUGAAAAUAAUGACAGGCCAUCGCAAGAAUUGUUGGCUGGACUCCAAGUGCAUCAACCAAGACUCCAAGGAAGACAAGGCGUAUUGGAUCCCGCGGAUGGACGAAAUCUAUUCUGAAGCUCGCUGUACCGUCCUACUCACCAGAGGAAUCGAUCUUAGCCCGUUGGUAGAGGCAGAGAAGUUGCUUGCAUGCCAUGUGGACCAUGACGACCAUGUCUGUCUCUUGACUCAGAGCUGUAGCUCAAUAGCUGAUUGGGAAUCCAUCAAUAAGGCGAGACUUAUCGACAUCAUGCAGCAACUAUCUCAGGGCACCUGGAGAAAACGAGCUUGGAUAUUCCAAGAGAUUCUUCUGUCUCGGGAAUACAUCCUCAGCGGUGAGGCUAGCCAAAUUAAGCUCUCCGACUGUGGAACUCUCGCCGGCCUACUAUUUCGACGCAACACCGGGAUUCUGUGGCUGGGAGAAUUUGUGGACUGGUGCAGACGACUUUACAAUCUCCGUCGCCGAUAUUUUUUGUACACAAUCUCCAUUGCCAAUGUUCUUCAGAUGGCUCACCCGCUGGAGGCCACAGUUCAAGCCGACAAGUAUUACGCACUCUGCGGGAUACUCCGUCUGAAGAACUUCAAAUACGACGGGUCUCAUACAGCAGACGAAGCUCUUCAAGCAAUCAUUCUCGAGCUAACACGGCGAGGCCACAUGUCAUGGCUCUAUGCCAUUCGUCCCGCUCUUGAUCCACAGCAACGUGGAUGUUUACGCCUGAAACAGGACGCGCUUUCUGAAUACUUUGAUCACAAUCUCAAUCAAAAUGGGAGCUUUUACGCUAAGCCUCAAGUCUCGUCGAACAGCAUUGGCUUUAAGGCAUUCGAAGUUGGUGUUGUCGAUCGCGUUGUUCCGAUGUCUGGGUUUCUUCAAGAAACAGUUCAACAUGUUACUACGCAGGGACUCGUCUUUUCCACCGAACAAUUAUACAUGCAAUCCCUACCCCGAGUGCUGCAAAAGCUUGCCUGGGAGACUAUUUCGCCGUUAUUGCAACAACCAUGUGUUGAUCAGCUGCGGAGCGCCUUCGAGAUGGAAGAGGAUACACCGACGGCCGAGCUGAUCUGGCGGCUGUACACACUAGACAACCCGGAAUCGUUCCUUUCAGAUAACUCCCAGCGUGUGGGGAUGAACUACUCCUUCUUGCAAUUUGCCGUGAAGGCAUCAUGGGCCUUAAAGCAGCAAAUUGUGACAGUCCAGGAUCGCUUUGCUCUUGUUCUGUGGAGGAAGGUACAAAGAAAACCUAUCUCUACCAGCGGUGCUAAGUCCACCUAUGAGGUUGCAAUAGGCAAUCCAAACAUUCCUUGUACUGCAAAGGUUUGUAGUGUAGUUGGUGACCAAGGGAUUAUGUUUGCAGCGGAGUUUCCUGGCGUAUCAAGUCCAGUCAAAGCAGAGUGGAGAGGGAGUCUACUCCCAGUGUGGGAUCAUGAUAGUGACAAGGGCACAGCUUCCAAGAUUUUUAGCCAGAUUAAAUCGAGGAUGACUGGUAAGGGUCCGCAGGCUCAACAAUUGGCGUUCGUUUUGAGCUCAUAAUUACGUAUUUAACGGUCACUCCCUCCAUUAUCUCUAUGCAGCAAGUGAGAAGAGAGCUCUAAGCUUAAGAUCCUAGAUAACAAGUCAUCAGAGGGUAUCAGCCUAAACAAGGCACCCCCAAUGUUCUGAACGUUAUGGAGGAAAGGUAGAGAAAAACCCAUAGCGCCGAGAAUUGCCUACAAAACCCAC